AUGGCAACCAACAUCGGCAUGAUGGAUGGGGCUUAUUUCGUAGGCAGAUCUGAGAUUCUCUCUUGGAUUAACUCCACUCUUCAACUCAAUCUCUCCAAAGUCGAAGAAGGUUGUUCUGGUGCGGUGCAUUGCCAGUUAAUGGAUUCGGUUCAUCCUGGAAUGGUGCAGAUGCACAAGGUCAAUUUCGACGCAAAAAACGAGUACGAAAUGAUUCAAAACUAUAAGGUCCUGCAAGAUGUGUUUAACAAGCUCAAGAUUACGAAGCAUAUAGAGGUGAGCAAGCUGGUGAAAGGCAGGCCGCUUGACAACUUGGAGUUUAUGCAAUGGAUGAAGCGAUAUUGUGAUUCUGUCAAUGGAGGACUUAUCAAUUACAAUCCACUGGAAAGGAGAGAAGUUUGCAAGGGAGGGAAAGAAGCAAGCAAGAAAUGUACACAGUCUCAAGCUUCAAGCAAGGGCUCUACAGCUGCUCCCAAAGUUCAGUCCUCUCACAAUGCUCGAAGGAAUGAUGUGUCCUCUGCAAACCCUUCUAAUCAAUCCGUGAAGGCUUCUAAACCUUCUUGCCCAGUGCCUCCAUAUGAUGCACAGAUCACCGAGUUGAAGUUGUCAGUUGAUAGCCUUGAGAAGGAGAGGGACUUCUACUUUGCAAAGCUGAGAGAUAUUGAGAUUUUGUGCCAGAGCCCUGGGAUUGAAAACCUACCGGUUGUUGCAGCGAUGAAGAGAAUCCUUUAUUCUUCCGAUAAUGAUUCAUCAGUAUUGGCAGAAGCUCAAGCCAUGGUGUCACUUCACCAGAAGGAAGCGGAGUACUUGAGUCCCAUUGCUGAGGUAUCAGCAGAGGAAAAGGAGAAUUCAGAUCCUCAGAAGAGAAAGAACAUUGUGAAUCUUGAUGUUGAUUCUGUUGGCAUCUCAACAUUGUCGCCGAGGCAAAGGCUUUCUGAUGCUACAGAUGUCCAUUGCAGUGGGUCACCUCUUAUGACUUACUGA